CUUUCUGCGAGGAGUCCAUCAGACGUUCCGAGCCUUGCAGUUCCUCGUGUUAAUUUUAGAUACAAACACUGAACGGGGAUAGAGAAGGCAGCGGGACUGAGGAGCCCCCACCCGGAGUGCAACGGGUGGGCCGGGGGAGGGCGCGCUUGAGCCGAGGAAGGUGUUUCUCAGUAAAUUUAUCUAAAUAGUCCCUACCAGGGAUGUCUAACGAGGAGAGCUACCUGGCGAUACUGCGAUACCUGACCAAUGAGCGGGAGCCUUAUGCCCCGGGCACAGAGGGGAACGCUAAGCGGAAGAUCCGUAAGGCAGCUGCUUGUUAUGUGGUGAGGGCGGGCACUCUUUAUUACCAGCGCAAGCUAAGGGAUAAAGAAGGAUUCACCGAGCUGGAAGUCGUGUUACAACCUGAGCGCAGGAAGGGGCUGAUAGAAGCGGCGCACAUAGGCACCGGAGGGGAGCACCUGACCCGGCAUCAAACAUGGCAUGUCCUGUCACAGACCUACUGGUGGAGAGGUAUUUUAAAACAUAUGAAAGAUUACAUCAAAGACUGCAGCAAAUGCCAAGAAAGAACAGACCGAUCUCGAUCUACAAACGAUGCCUCUGAAAUGCUAGAAGAACUCGGAUUAGAUGUCCGGUCUGACACUAAUGAGACAGAUGAUGAGAGCAGCAAUCCAGCAUCCAAUACAUAUCAAACUCCAAAACCUGCAAGAAAGAAACCAACUGCAAAACAUGAGCUUGUGUUUGUUGAUAGUAAAGGCAUUGUUAAGCAGUCAUCUUCUAAACAUGGACAGACAAUCUUGGACCAGUUAAACCAGCAACGACUAAAUAAUCAGUUCUGUGAUGUAACACUUCUUAUUGAAGGACAAGAAUUUAAAGCCCACAAAGCGGUUUUGGCAGCCAGCAGUGAGUACUUUAGGGAGCUCUUCAUUGAAAAAGGAGCCGUUUCAAGUCAUGAAGCUUUUGUUGAUCUCUCAGGAUUCUGCAAGUCCAGUUUUCUUCCACUGCUUGAGUUUGCAUACACAUCAGAACUCGUUUUUGACUUCUGUAGCAUGGCUGAAAUUUCGAUGCUGGCUCGGCAUCUCUUUAUGAAUGAAGUGCUAGAAAUAUGUGAAUCUGUUCAUAAACAAAUGGAGACAAAUCAAAUCAACUUGUGCCAAAAAGUUGAUGUAGUAUCAGAAAAUGGUUUGUUGGAUGGCCGUGUUGUGAAGCUACAGGCAGUAGGGAAUAAUGCACCACAAUUAUUGGCUGAGGUGAUAAACAGCCAAAAAACAUCUCUUGUAAAUAAUGAGAAUGUGGAGUGUGAGGCUGCAGCAACUGAAACAGUUACAAAUUCAACAGAUGGUGCAAUAUCCCAAUCAUCUGAGGAAUCCACAGUGCAGCUUGUCACUAGCCCUGAAAUUCCCAUCAGCUCAUUGACUGGAACGACAGCAAUAUAUCUUUCAGAUGUGUCCUCAGAGCUUCAACCUGCUGUCAUCAUUCCUGCAGUAAUAGAUGUAUCAAAUGUUCAAGAACAUCAGCAAAUAUUAGGCGAUACUCCAGAGGACAGUACAACUGCUGAGCACCCGGAAUCUCAGCAGUCUACUGCAGGUAGCAACAUGGAUGUACCUGAUGAAGUGCUGUCAGUAACAUGCACUACCACUGAAGAAAAGCUUCCUGCAGAUGACCCACAGCCAAAAGAUGUCAGUAUGAAAGAAUUAAUUAAUUCAAGCACAAAUGGAGAUCCACAAGUUAGUGUGCCUGUUGCUGAAGAAUCUUCCAUUUCUGUCAUUGAUCUAGAGACAACUUGUGCUGAAGAUGUAGUAAUUGGAAAUACAGACCCAGACCCAGAAGCAAAGAUUGGUGAAGUUCCUAAAAGGAAGCGUGGGAGACCUCGUAAGUCACCAGAAGAUGUAGAAAAAAGCUGUAAAGAAACUAGAGAGACACUGCCAUCUGGUGGAAAGUGCACAUACAAAGGAAAAUUGCGAGAUUGCUUAGUUGGAAAAGGUGGAUAUAUUAUGCUGCACAGAGGUCAAGAAAAGGCACUUAAAAAAAGGAAGGCAAAUCCUAAAUCUGCAGUUCAGCAGGCUGCAAUGAAACUGCUUCAGAGAGGGAAGAAAAAGAGAUUAAUGGUACCAAAAAAACAAAUUGCAGAAGCACAAUUCAAGUGUAAUGAUUGUGGAAUGAUGUUUCAACGCCGAUAUGCACUGAUUAUGCAUAGUGUGAAACAUGAAAAGUCAAAAGAGUUCAAAUGUCCGCUAUGUACAAAAGAGUUCCAGUACAGAGCAUCAUUACGUGCUCAUCUAAUCAGACACUCCAAAACAGGCAAAGCAGAAGUCAAUGUUGUAGAAACGGAAGCAGAUACAGCUAAGGGUGGGACAAAAAGGCAAUUUAUUUGUGGCAUCUGUGGAAGAACGCUCCCUAAACUAUAUUCUCUGAGAAUACACAUGUUGAAGCAUACUGGUGUGAAGCCACAUGCAUGUGAGGUCUGUGGGAAAACCUUUACUCAUAAGCAUGGGUUAAAAAUGCACCAAGCCUUGCAUGAAUCUCAUAAACAGUUCAAAUGUGAUAUGUGUGAGAAGUCUUUUGUGACCAACCGCAGUCUCCAGGAACAUGUGAGCACUCACACGGGAGAAUCAAAGUACCUUUGUUCUGUAUGUGGAAAGGCUUUUCACAGGGCAUCUGGACUAAGCAAGCACCUAAAGAAACACAAACCAAAGGUUGAAACUCGUGGAUAUCAUUGUACACAAUGUGAGAAAAGUUUCUUUGAAUUACGUGAUCUGCAGCAACAUAUGAACAAGCACCUUGGUGUGAAACCGUUUGAGUGCGAGUUUUGUGGAAAAUGCUAUAGCUGGAAGAAAGAUUGGUAUUCUCAUGUAAAAUCUCAUUCUGUAACAGAACCUUACAGAUGCAGUGUAUGUGGCAAAGAGUUCUAUGAGAAAGCUCUUUACAGGCGACAUGUUAACAAGGCAACCCAUGGCAAGAAAGGCAGAACAAAGCUAAAUUUUGAAAAAGCGUGUGAGCACUGUGGGAAAAUAUUCACUCAGUUUAGAGAAUACAGGAGGCAUGUAAACAAUCAUGAAGGAGUAAAACCAUUUGAAUGCCUGACUUGUGGAGUAGCUUGGGCUGAUGCCCGUUCCCUUAAACGCCAUGUAAGGACACACACUGGAGAACGACCUUAUGUGUGCCCAGUGUGCAAUGAGGGCUACAUCGAUGCUCGUACAUUACGAAAGCACAUGACUAAAACUCAUAAGGACUAUGUACCAGGUAAAAUAAUGCUGGAGAAGGACAGUCUUCAGUUCCAUAAUCAAGGAACCCAAGUUGAGCAUGCAGUAAGCAUAUUGUCCACUGAUCUCGAUGAGCCACAAGCAGAAAUUGUUACUGAAGAGAUAGAGACAGUGGUGGUUGCUGAAGAAGCAAUGGCACAGACUCCAAACAGCACAGCAGUUUCAUCACUUUCUGACCAAAGCAUCAUGCAAGUAGUAAACUAUGUUCUUUCCCAGCAACAGGGACAAAAGAUUUCUGAAGAGGAAAUAGAGACUGUAGAAGUGGAGGUUGGACAAAUAUCUGAAGUGGUAUGACCACAAACGUGUCCCACUAGAAUGUUUGAACUUCAGCACUUACCCAGGACUUUGUGCUGUGAUGCACCAGCACUAAUCCCUUUCUACAUCUCCUCAUUGACAUAACUACCAUAACUAUUUGGAGAAGUUGGCUUUAUAAUUACUCUUGUGUUACCAGAAUCUAUCAAAAUUGGUUCUGUUUCUUCUAAGGUCUUUGUGAAAAUGCUCACUGCUUCUGGAUUGUCUACUUUUGCCAGAAAGUGGAAAUAAACCAACAUUUCUUUUCAGUGUAAAGUAAGAUAUGUGUUUAAAUGAUGUUUAAAAAUACAUUUUGCCCAAUAUGCUCAGAUUCAGUUUGAGUAAGCAAUUUGAUCACAUUUAUGCUCAUGUUAUAGCAUUUAGAAUGAAUAUGCAGAAAACAAGAAUGGACCAAUUAUUGAGGCAAUAUAGAAUUUAAUUUGAUGCAUAUUAUCAUGACUGACAGCUGCCUUACCAUUUUACUUUAGCUGUUAGUCUUGUCAAAAUAGCAGUAAGGCUUCUAGCCGAUGUAUUAAUGCAAUUAUGGAGCAAAAGAAUGUUUCCACGCGUGAAUUUUUAUUUGAGGGGAAAAUACAGUAUAAAAUGUGGCAUAAAGCUUA